CACGAGUAUACGAGUACAGGUACAUUUAAUGCCAAGUAAAGACGAGUACGAGUAAUCGGUGAGUAUACUACUCCAUACCCUCGAGUAUAGCCUCUUGCGCAUGCGAGUACAGUAAGUGAAAGAUUUGUGAGUACGUGUGUGAAUAUAAGAUAAAAAACGGGAAUUCGUUGUAGCAUAAUUUUUAUCGAUAGCUCACAUUCAGGCCUCGUCAGUACCAUGGCCCACAAGGGUCACAGUGCGAGAAUUUUUUAUACACUGCGCGAGAAUUCUAAAAUGUGCGAGAAUUUUCUGCUACACUGCGUGAGAAAUCUAACUGUUGUGCGCAAGAAUUUCGAAACUGUGCGCGAGAAUUUAUAUUUGUGUUAGAAAGUUUCUUAUGAAAAUCAAAUUUAUGCUAUUUUACAGACCUUGGUCUGAAGUUUAUCUGCAGUAUCCUGAAACCGAGGUUGAACUCCACCACAGCGCCUCCCAUACCAUUUAUGGAGGAUUUAUUUAGGUAUCUCGGGGUGAGAGCAAAGUUGUUCUGUUUGUUUUCCAAAUUCAAAAUGGAUUCUGUACUCAGACGUUUAGUGAGGGAAGAAGUUAAGGAAGAAGUCAGGAAUGAGGUGAAAGAAGAAAUUGAAAGAAGUAUUUUGUCAAAACAAGACCAAGACCAAGCUUGUAAUGGAGAAUCCAGUGAUAUCAAGAACGAACAGAAGAAACAUGGAAACAUCACUACCAGAUUGAACACUUUGUUGACAAAGAUAACCAAAAAAAGUGUUCGUGCUGCUGACAAUGCUUCAACAAAUAAAAAGGAUAUUAGAAUCCAAGUAAGGUGGAUGAGAGAGGUUGGAGGAAAUUGGAUAAAUGUGAAGCCGUUUCAUUGCUUUAAAUCAGGAGAAUCAAACUUUCGAGCAUUUAUUGACCAAAAGUCUGGAUGUUUAUUUUGGUGUGUGUGGAAAGAACUGUUUCAAUGAAGACCGACUAGAAGUGACUGCAAAACUGGAAGAUGUGUCCGGUACUACAGUCAACUUACGGGACAGUAUUCCAGAUUAUCUUAAAGAAAGGGGUUUGUUUCCAUCAAAAACAUGGUUUGUUUUGAGAACUAGUUUAAAUGAUAAUGGUCCAGAGCUUGAAAAUUAUUUUGAUUAUGAUUACAAUGAUGAUUGUAUGUGACUCUCUGAUUCUGAGCCUAUUACUGCUGCUGGUCCUGCUUUGAAAAGAAAAAUUUGUGACACAUGCUCGGGCACUUACUUCAAGUUUUGCAUCAGAUGUAAGAUAAGGAGUUUGAACAGUCAUUGCAGAAAGAUAGUCAAAAGAAUUCAUUUGACUCUGAAGGUGGAUCAACAUCCGAAGAACCAUCCAAUGAAAAUAUUACUGACAGAUCUAUCGAAAAUUUGCGAGAACAACGUAUUAAAGCUUUAUCUAGUAAUUCACCAAAAUUAAACUUGGAGAAAGAGUUGAAUGUUUUGUCAGCGAAGUUCAUGAAAAAAAAUGCUGAAUUGUCUCCUUUCAAGGUAGAAUUCACCAGUAUGGGUGGUAAGGAAGCUGGUGUAGACACAGGUUGUCCUACUCGUGAGUUAAUAUUUACUUACCUAUUUACUUACUUACCUAUGGCCGUCAAAAUAAUGAAUUUUUCAUCCAUGAUCUGCAAAAGUUAACAGAAGAUCAAUAUAUGUUUUUUGGAAAAUUUGUGUCAUUAUCUUUAUUACAUGGUUGCAAUCCACCAUACUUCAGUGCUGGUCUCAGUGGCUUUAUAGUGGGGCAUAAAGACUGUUUAUGUUGCAUUGAUGACAUACCCAGCAUUGACCUCAAAAUUAAACUUGAAAAUAUCAGAAAUUGUGAUAAAGAAGCAGAAUUUCAGUCUCAAGUUCAACGUUUCCAUGAACGAUUUGACUAUGGUUACAACAAACCAUGUCCGAAACUAGCAGACAAAACUGAUUUAUUGCAAAAGGUUGCUCACCACAUCAUAAUAUCUAUGCAAUUAGAGGAAAUUCAGCAAUUUUUAAAGGGACUUGAAGCUUUUGGUGUUCUUGAUCUGCUUAGAAAGCAUCCUUUGGAAGCCAUGAAGUUAUUCACUUACAACCAAGAUCUUGUUGAUCCUGAGGUUAUCAAGUUCUGUUUUGAUGUAACAUAUUCGAACGAAAGUGAUAAAGCUGCCCUAGAGGAAGAUAUUUUUUACAAUUGGAAAAACUUCCUCGAUGAAUUGGGUCACGGUAAGUCUAUCACUGUUAAAACUUUCACCGUAUCUGAUGUCGAGAAUGAAAAAACAGGCUAAAUCAGAGAAAAAACUUUCACUAGGCGAUGUUAUGAUGUUUCUCACAGGCUCUACUGUUGUACCUAAUAACGAAAAAAUCAAAGUUCUUUUUGAUCAUAUAACUGGAAAGGGAAGAAUCAGUGUUUCGACAUGUCAGUAUCAGCUCACUUUUCCGGUUGUACCAAGAUAUACUGGGUCAAAAUUUUCUAGAAACAUUACCAAAGAUAUUAUUAAUUCGCCGGGCUGGCAUUGUUUAAAAAUACUUGUUGUUUGAUAAGUAUAUUUUAUCAGUGGUAUUCUAUUGUUUUUUGAAUUAGCAUAUUUUUUAAAACAUCAUUCAGCUUUGCAAAUAUUGCCCACGACAAUGCUUGAAUUGUGUUUUUCAUAGCCGUUGACACGGGGG